UCAGGCCCCUGCCCUCAGCUGUGAGAGAACAUCAGCCAUCUCUCCCCCACAGGCUGAUUAUACUUUGAAAGGUAUUCGUGCUCACGUGCAGUUUAAUACUCAGCAGUUUUCUUUGGCAACAGCUUUUACCUCACGAACUGUCCUCUCAUGUCACUCCCAGUGAAGAGAAUUGGCAGAAAGUAUUUCAAAAUCUGAAGAGGCAUAGUUUGAGUAAUUUUAGACCAUUUAUGUCGUCUCUUAAAGAAGGUGACUGGCUCACGGAGUGAUCACUCAUCCCUGUUGGACUUUGGUUCUGUGGUGCAGAUGGAGCGUAGGACUCAGGUGUCUGGGCCAGAGUGAGCGAAGCCUGAGGCCCAAGAUGGAGAAGAAACGAAGAAAGAAAUGAAAGCCUCUUUUCAGGCCAAACCACAAAAGGCCAUGAAAUUUAACUUUUAUUUACCUUGGACUAGACUGUAAAAUGGCCGAUCAGUAAUGUUUCAGCUUUUAGCUGAAACAAAAAUUAACUUAUAAUCAAGGAAGAAAAAAGUGCGAUUUGAAUUUAUGCGAUUUUAUGACCAUAUUCACUCAUGACCAUGAAGCUUGUCCACAUCUGGCUGCUUCUGCUGGUGGUUUUGCUCUGUGGGAAGAAACAUCUGGGUGACAGACUGGAAAAGAAAUCUUUUGAAAAGGCCCCAUGCCCUGGCUGUUCCCACCUGACCUUGAAGGUGGAGUUCUCCUCAACAGUUGUGGAAUAUGAGUAUAUCGUGGCUUUCAAUGGGUACUUUACAGCCAAAGCUAGAAAUUCAUUUAUUUCAAGCGCCCUGAAGAGCAGUGCAGUCGACAACUGGAGAAUUAUACCUCGAAACAAUCCAUCCAGUGACUACCCUAGUGAUUUUGAGGUGAUUCAGAUAAAAGAAAAACAGAAAGCGGGGCUGCUAACACUUGAAGACCAUCCAAACAUCAAACGGGUAACACCCCAACGGAAAGUCUUUCGUUCCCUCAAGUAUACAGAGUCUGACCCCGCCGCGCCCUGCAACGAGACCCGCUGGAGCCAGAAGUGGCAGUCGUCCCGCCCCCUGCGCAGGGCCAGCCUCUCCCUGGGCUCGGGUUUCUGGCACGCCACCGGGAGACACUCGAGCAGACGGCUGCUCAGGGCCAUCCCGCGCCAGGUCGCCCAGACGCUGCAGGCCGACGUGCUGUGGCAGAUGGGCUACACAGGUGCUAACGUAAGGGUUGCCGUUUUUGACACCGGGCUGAGUGAGAAGCAUCCCCACUUCAAAAACGUGAAGGAGAGAACCAACUGGACCAACGAGCGAACCCUGGACGACGGGCUGGGCCAUGGCACGUUCGUGGCGGGUGUGAUAGCCAGCAUGAGGGAGUGCCAGGGGUUUGCUCCGGAUGCAGAACUUCAUAUUUUCAGGGUCUUUACCAACAACCAGGUCUCCUACACGUCCUGGUUCCUGGACGCCUUCAACUACGCCAUCCUGAAGAAGAUCGAUGUGCUGAACCUGAGCAUCGGGGGCCCCGACUUCAUGGACCACCCGUUCGUCGACAAGGUGUGGGAAUUAACAGCUAACAACGUCAUCAUGGUUUCUGCUAUCGGCAAUGACGGGCCUCUUUAUGGCACUCUGAAUAACCCUGCUGAUCAGAUGGAUGUGAUCGGAGUGGGCGGCAUUGACUUUGAGGACAACAUCGCCCGCUUCUCAUCGCGGGGAAUGACCACCUGGGAGCUGCCAGGAGGCUAUGGCCGCAUGAAGCCUGACAUUGUCACCUACGGCGCUGGAGUGAGGGGCUCCGGCGUGAAAGGCGGGUGCCGGGCGCUCUCGGGGACCAGCGUGGCUUCCCCAGUGGUGGCAGGUGCUGUCACCUUGCUGGUGAGCACAGUCCAGAGACGGGAGCUGGUGAACCCGGCCAGCAUGAAGCAGGCCCUGAUUGCAGCAGCCCGGAGGCUGCCCGGCGUGAAUAUGUUUGAGCAAGGCCACGGCAAGCUGGACCUCCUCAGAGCCUACCAGAUCCUCAGCAGCUACAAGCCACAGGCCAGUUUGAGCCCCAGCUACAUCGAUCUGACCGAGUGUCCCUACAUGUGGCCCUACUGCUCCCAGCCCAUCUACUACGGAGGGAUGCCAACGAUCGUCAACGUCACCAUCCUCAACGGCAUGGGUGUCACAGGAAGAAUCGUAGACAAGCCCGAGUGGCAGCCCUACUUACCGCAGAACGGAGACAGCAUCGAGGUGGCUUUCUCUUACUCCUCAGUGCUGUGGCCUUGGUCGGGCUACCUGGCCAUUUCCAUCUCCGUCACCAAGCAGGCCGCCUCCUGGGAAGGUGUCGCGCAGGGGCACGUCACAGUCACCGUGGCUUCCCCGGCGGAGGUGGACUCAAACAGUGGUGCAGAACAGACUUCAACAGUGAAGCUCCCAAUUAAGGUGAAGAUAAUCCCCGCUCCUCCUCGAAGCAAGAGGGUUCUCUGGGACCAGUACCACAACCUGCGCUACCCGCCCGGCUACUUCCCCAGGGAUAACCUGAGGAUGAAGAACGACCCUUUGGACUGGAAUGGUGACCACAUCCACACCAACUUCAGGGACAUGUAUCAGCACUUGAGAAGCAUGGGCUACUUCGUCGAAGUCCUCGGCUCCCCCUUCACGUGCUUUGACGCCAGUCAGUAUGGAACGCUGCUCAUGGUGGACAGCGAGGAGGAGUACUUCCCCGAGGAGGUGGCCAAGCUCCGGAGGGACGUGGGCAACGGCCUCUCGCUCAUCGUCUUCAGCGACUGGUACAACACGUCCGUGAUGAGGAAGGUCAAGUUUUACGACGAAAACACAAGGCAGUGGUGGAUGCCAGACACCGGAGGAGCCAACAUCCCAGCCCUGAAUGAGCUGCUGUCGGUCUGGAACAUGGGAUUCAGCGAUGGCCUGUACGAGGGGGACUUCACCUUGGCAAACCAUGACAUGUAUUACGCGUCGGGCUGCAGCAUUGCUAAAUUCCCAGAAGAUGGCAUAGUGAUAACACAGACGUUUAAGGACCAAGGAUUGGAGGUCUUAAAGCAGGAAGCAGCGGUGGUUGAAAACGUCCCCAUUUUGGGGCUGUAUCAGAUCCCGACCGAGGGUGGAGGCCGGAUCGUGCUGUACGGAGACUCCAAUUGUUUGGAUGACAGUCACCGGCAGAAGGACUGCUUCUGGCUCCUGGAUGCGCUCCUGCAGUUCACGUCGUACGGGGUGACGCCCCCCAGCCUCAGCCACUCGGGCGCUCGGCAGCGCCCCCCCAGCGGAGCGCACUCGGUGGCUCCCGAGAGGAUGGAAGGGAACCACCUGCACCGGUACUCCAAGGUCCUUGAGGCCCGACUGGGAGGCCCUGAGCCUCGGGCACUGCCGGCCUGUCCGCACCUGUCGUGGGCCAAGCCACAGCCUUUGAAUGAGACGGCUCCCAGUAAUCUUUGGAAACACCAGAAGUUACUCUCCAUCGACCUGGACAAGGUGGUGUUACCCAGCUUCCGACCGAAUCGCCCUCAAGUGAGACCCUUGUCUCCGGGAGAGAGCGGAGCGUGGGACAUCCCUGGAGGGAUCAUGCCUGGCCGCUACAACCAGGAGGUGGGCCAGACCAUUCCCGUCUUCGCCUUCCUGGGAGCCAUGGUGGUCCUGGCCUUCUUCGUGGUGCAGAUCAACAAGGCCAAGAGCAGGCCAAAGCGGAGGAAGCCCAGGGUGAAGCGCCCACAGCUCGUGCAGCAGGUUCACCCACCAAAGGCCCCCUCGGUGUGACGUCCGCCCGGCUGGCUGUGAGCGCCAGGGAGCGCCUUCGAGGGUGGCCGCGGCGGGCGGGUGGAGCCGUGGGCUCCCGGGGUCCCCCUGCUCGAAACGCUCCGAGAGCCUGUGCUGAGCGGGCCUCCCCUGGCGAGGAGCGCAGGCUCACGGUGUGUCGUGCGGGGCGCGGGGACGCGGGAGGGCCCCGCGGGGCAGCCUGGAGUCAGACCUCGCCCUCGCGACCUCGCCGGCCACCCGUGCACCAAAGACUCGGACGACUUCUAAAGGCUGUCGGGGAGGAAACGGUUCUGACCAAGCUAGACGUGCUCCAUAAAGGCUAUUUUCUAUAUUUAUUGUUGGGGAAAAGUCACUUUAAAGACUUGUGCUGUAUGGAAGCAAAGCUAUUUUUUUUUGUCAACAGAACGCAGUUUUUUACUAUUACAUCAUGAGGAACUACACAGAUGCCGUGAUCUCCUUUUUGAUGAGAGGACAGACUGAGAUUUUGACAGAAACUUGCACAAAUCUGUGAAACAUAGCCCUUCGCUUUAUUUUUAUAAGUACCAACUGCCAUCGUGUUUUGUAAUUUGGGUCUUGGUUUCACCAUUAUUGGUGAAGAAAAUUUGCAAUAAAUACGCAUUACCUGUAUGAAGCUAAAAA